UCUAACCUCCAUCACCAACGACAGUCCUUUCUUGACAGACUUUCUGUCAGCCUUUCCUUCAACCCAGUCACUCUCUGCUGUGCAGUAGUUUCUGUUUAUUGUCUCUCAAACCAUCCUUCAAGGAUAUACUCUCUCUUUGAAACCACCAAAACAAAAAACCUACACCGUUGACCUUACGUCCAAUCUUUGAUACAAUGACUCCCAUUAUCAAGUCUCUGGCCAUCGCCAGCACCCUUCUGGCCGCUCUCGGCGUUGCUGCUCCCAUCCAAAAUAACAAGCGUGAUGAGGUCAUCGUCUGGGAGACCGUCACUGAUGUGGUCUGGACCACCAUCGACGUGACCACCACCGUCUACGCCGGCGAGCAGGCUACUACCGUGCCCGUCAUCGUCACUACCACUGCCGCGGAGACUCCUGCUGUUACUACACCUGCUGCCGUCGAGACCUCUGCUGUCGAAUCCUCUGCUACCCCCGUCGAGACCUCUGCUGCCGUCGAGACCCAGGCUGUUGCUGCCGCUGCUGCUCCGGAAUCCCCUACUACCACGGAGCCUGCCACCACGUCGGUCACGGUCGCUGCUCAGCCGGAGAUCACCACUAGCAGCUCUUCUACCACUAGCACCACCAGCGCUGCCCCCGCCGCUACCUCUGCCGCCAGCAGCAGCAGCAGCAGCAGCAGCAGCAGCGACUACUCCGGCUCGUGCGAUGAGAGCUCCCCCUGCACCGGUGACGGCACUUACUACGACACCGCUACUUCGGCCAGCGCCCCCAGUGCCUGUGGCACCACCAACGAUGGGGAGACGGAGAACGUGCUCGCGCUCCCAGUGGGGAUCAUGACCGACAGCGACUGCGGCAAGACGGUCACCAUGACCUACAACGGCAUCACCGCAACAGGUACUGUGGUUGACAAAUGCAUGGGCUGCGACGACUCCUCCAUCGACCUGUCCCGUCACCUCUUCGGCGAGCUGGCGGAUCUCUCCGUCGGUCGUAUCACCGGUCUCACGUGGUACAUUGAGUAGAUGGGGUUCUUCUCCAUCUCUUUGUUUUUUUUUUUUUUUCUUCUUCUUCCC